AUGGACCACGCUGCACAAGACUGCAAGCCCGGAGGCAGUGGUAAGUGUGGUGACGCAGCGCUGUGGCAGGUGUUGGCGUCGUCGGCGGGCCUGGAGGCGGCGGUGCCGCUGCGGCUGCGCUACGCCGCGGUGGCGGACGCCGAGCUGGAGGCGGGCUGCGGCUACGGCUGGUCGGCGCUGUCGGAGGGCCGGUGCGCCGCCGCCGUGGCCGCCGCCGACGCAGACCAGCGCCUCAGCUGGCCGCGCGCCCAGCAGCGCUGCCGAGACCUGCGCGGACACCUGGUCAGCGUCGCCUCAGCCGCCGCGCAGCUGCGCCUCGACCGCCUGCUGCGCGCCACGCACAGCGAGGACGCUGACGUGGCCUACUGGAUAGGCGCCACCGACCGCACGCUGGAGGGGGACUUCCACUGGAGCGACGGCCAGCCCUUCCAGUAUUCCAACUGGUUCCCGCAGCAGCCCAACGACGACGCGCUGGCCGAGCAGAACUGCGUGGAGGUGCGGCGCUCGCUGGCCGGCCACCGCGACCGAUCCUUCCGCUGGAACGACCGCUCCUGCGCCGUGCGCAACGCCUUUGUCUGCCAGCGCCGGCGUGACACUCCCAAGCAGCAGGUGCGGCUGUCGAGGGAGGCGCCGCGCGCCACUGCCUCCUCCCCCGGCUUCCCCCGCCACUACCCGGACAACGCCGACUGCUUCGUCGACGUCGCCGCCCCGGACGGCUACCGCAUCGUCGUCGACUUCGAGGAACUCGUCCUCGAAGACGAACCCACAUGCAGCUACGACUACCUGCAGAUCCUGGAGCGAGUGGGAAACAGCAACAGCAGCGUGGCGACGCGACGCCUCUGUGGAGACUGGAGCUCUCGCCUCAAGAAGCUGCGCUACGUCAGCCAGGGUCCCGCCCUGCAGCUCAGGUUCUUCUCCGACUACUCGCACCACUACAGCGGCUACAAGGCGCGCAUCUCCAUGGAACAAGGGAUGCAGUGCGCAGACGAGCGGCUGCAGGUGUUCAACAGCUCGUGCUACCUGUUCGUCAGCUACCCGCAGGUCUCGUGGCAGACAGCCAGGCAGACCUGCCAGGACAGGAAGGCGGAGCUGGCGAGCAUCGGCAGCCCUGAGGAGCAGAGCUUCGUGACUGCGAGCAUCCGCAACUCGCCGGAGUACAGCACGGCCGCCGUGUACUGGCUGGGAGGGCGCGCCGUCCCUGCCACCAACCCCUCCAGGGGGCGCGGCGCAUGGAUCUGGGCGUGGGCCGACGGCACGCCCAUCUCCUACUCCGGCUGGCUGCGGGACCAGGAACACACGCCGCAGUCGGGCGCGUGCCUGGGUCUGCAGUGGGUGAGCUCGCCCAACCCGCAGGUGCCCAGCGGCCUCUACUGGCAGCGGCAGCGGUGCUCCGCCGUGGGCGGCUACGUCUGCAAGAGGAGCAACCAAGUGACGGAGGGCGGCGUACAACUGAACCGGACAGUGAACGGGACGGAGGGCUUCCUCACGUCGCCCAACUUCCCGGGCGGCUACGGGCCCAACCUGGACUACUGGGUGCGGCUGGCGGGCCCCGCGGGCUCGCGGCUCGUGCUGCGCUUCACGCGCCUCGACCUGGAGCCGCAGCAGGACUGCCUCUACGACUACAUCGAGCUGCGCUCCCUGCUGCCGCAGCCCGCCACCGGCGACGACGACGCCGACGCCGAGCGUGCGCCGGAUUCGCGCGUCGUCCGUUGCGGCCGACACGACGACGCCGACCUGCACAGACUGAACUUCGUGUCGGAGAGCAACGAGGCGCUGCUGCACUUCCACUCGGACUACUCGGUGUCCGGAGGAGGGUUCUCGGCGUCGUGGCAGGCGGUCGACGUGUCGGGCUGCCCCUUGCAGACGCUGACCGCGCGCGAGGGCCGCCUCACCAGCCCCAACUACCCGCACUUCCUGCUGGCGCAUCUCGACUGCGCUACCACCAUACUGGCGCCAGCGGGAAGACGCGUAUGGUUGGAGUUCUCGGAGUUCUCGAUCGGCGCCGGCGAGGCGCUGCUGGAGGUGGACCUGGGCGGCGGGCAGGCGGCCUUCCAGCCGUUCCAGUCUCCCACGCACCUCACCGACGGCGUCUUCCUCUCCGUCGGCGAACGCCUCCAGGUGCGCCUGCGCACCGCCGACCGGCCCUCUGGCGCCGGCUUCAGCGCCGUCUACAGGACAGUGGGCGCGGCGCUGGAGCGUCGCGUGCUGCGGCUGGCGAGCGGCGCGGUGGGCUCUCUGCUGCACCUCAACUGGCCGCGGCCGCCGCCCCCCCACGUCGACCUGGCCACGCUGCUGGUGGCGCCGCCCGCGCACACCAUCCUGCUCGAGCUGCACCACGUCGCGCUCGCUCUCGCGCCCACCCCCGCCGCCGACGCCGCGCCCCCCGCCUCCGGCACCGCCGACGCCGCCACCCCCUCGUGUCCCGACGGUGCAGGGAUACUCGAGGUGCGGGACAGCUACGCAGACAGCAACGGCACGGCGUGGCUGCUGUGCGAGGCGCAGAACGUGCCGCCGCUGGCCAUCGCCUCCUACCUCAACACGCUCACCGUCCGCCAGCGAGGGGCGGACGCGGGCGUCACCCUCAACGCGACCGUCCGCGUGCAGCCCGACGCCAACUACAAGCUGAAGCUGCUGCGAGGUUCUGAGGACGGCAGCGUGGAGUCGUGCAACCCCAGCCCCUGCCUCAAUGGAGGCCGCUGCCUCAGCAGUGGCAACCGCCACUCCUGCCAGUGUACCAGCCACUACACAGGCAUGUUCUGCGCGCUGACGCUGUGCGAGCUGGAGCCGUGCCUGCACGGGCAGUGCCGGCUGACGGAGACGGGGUACGCCUGCCACUGCCAGCCCGGCUUCACGGGCGCCACCUGCGACCGCAAGCAGCGGCCUUGCGCCGACAACCCGUGCGAGGGCCGCGGCGAGUGCCUGGAGCGCGGAGACGCCUUCCACUGCCGCUGCCACGCCUGGUGGGAAGGACAGAGGUGCGAGCGGCGGAUGAUGCACAUCCCGUUCAAGCCGCUGUCGGAGCGGAUGCUGCAGGAGCCGUUCUGGCUGGGGCUCAUCACGGUGACGGUGGUGCUGCUGCUGAUCGGGCUGGUGUGGUGCGCCAAGCGGCACUUCCCGGAGAAGCUGGAGAAGCUGCUGGCCGAGGAGGCCGACCGCAGUCGCAGUGUGCACUCGCGGCCGCCGUCGGUGCGCGACCAUCUGGCGGGAGCCGGCGCCGCCGCCGUCGUCGUGGUGCCGAGCCCGCAGCCCGGCUGCCCUCGCUCCCUGCUAGGCCGCCUGGGUAUCCGCAAACCUUCGCUCCUAAGCCUCACCAGCCCACACGGCUACAACAGUCACCCAUCUGCUGCCACAGCAAGAACCUUUAGUUUGGACGAUUUGCUUAAACCACCACCCAGAAGAACCCCUUCGCCUCGUAAGAAGCGCAACAACUCGACACCGACCAAGAAGAACGCGGCGGAGAAGAAGCAGAUCCUGCAGCAGCUGAUCAACCAGCAGCCGUCCCGCAAGGUGAGCAUCGGGGAGCUCAUCCAGCUGAGCGAGCGCAAAGCGCAGGAGCAGCAGCAGCAGCAGCACGCGGGCGCCAGGGAGGCCGAGACCGCCUUCGGCAGCACGGAGGGCACCCCUGACUCCGGCGCCAUCAUGGACGCCAAGCUGGAGAAGAAGGUGACGUUCGCACGCUUGUUGAGCAAAGUGUCGGCGGAGAUGAGCUCCGGAGCUGCGGCCUCUGGGAGCAACGGCGCCUCUGGAGCAGCAGCUGCGUCCCUGCCGCGCUCCGCCAGCAGUCCUCACAGCACCAGCAGCACACAGGGCAGCGACUCCGUGUCGAGCGCGGAGGUGUCUCGCCGGCGGGCGUCGGGCCCAGCGGCCACGGGAGCGCCGCCGUCGGCCGACGCCAUCCUGGCCAUGUUCCGCACGUUCGCUCGCGCGCCCACGCCCUCCACGGCCUCCAGCCCGCAAGACGACGACGACGACGCCUCCUCCACCACCUCGUCCGUGCCCUCCUCCAGCCUCACGGUGGAGUCGCCGCCGCCGUCGAUGCGCAACACAAUCGAGGUGCCGGUGCUGGACGCGCUGUCGCCGCACCGCGGCUCGUCCAACCUGCUGCACCCGCCUAGCAUCCUGCUGGAGCUGCCCGCCAAGUGCCUGUCGCCCAUCACGGAGAUGCCGACGCCCGUGCCCACGCCCAUCAUGUCUCGCCACGGCUCCUGCGCCGCGCUGUCCGCCAUCACCCUCACCCCCAACGAGCACGACGACGCAGAGCAGCGCCGCCAGAUGCUCAAGGAGCUGGACAAGCCCGCCUCCCUGGACCUGCCGUGCCCGCCGCCCAUCAUCACCGUCACCUGCAACCUCAGCGACCCCGACUCGGACGACGACGACGACGACGACGACGACGUGGGCGCGGGCGCGAGGCGGCGGCGGCCCGCGUCCGCGGCGAGCGCGGGGGGCGGCGGGGGCGGCGGCCCGUCCGGGCUGGCGCCGGCCGUGGCGCCCUCCAUGUGCUACCUCAGCCCCUUCUCCAUGUGCUCGCGCGCCGACCGCACCGCCUCCGAGUCCAACCUCAGCUCGUCCGGCUACAGCUCCAUGGCCAGCCCGGGCCCGUCGCGCUGCGGCUCCAACAACCCGCUCUGUCCCAGCGAGACGGACGAGCCGCCGCCCACCGGCCCCGGAGGCCCCGCGCCGCCCUCCUCGGGGCAGACGUCGGCGCGGCGCGCGUCGCCGCUGCUGCUGCUGCCGCCCGCCGGCUCGCAGGCGCCGCCCACGACGCAGCUGCGCCACUUGCACACGCAGCACGACGCCGCCGCCCUCGUCCUGUCUCCGGACGCAGACGCCGGCGGCGACGGCACGCCUCCCGCAGGCGCCAGCGGUGCCGCCCCCACCGUGGCUGCGGGGGCGGUGGCGGGCACCUGCACCACCGCCGGGGGCGGCAACGGCACCGCCACGGGCGCCGGGGGCGGCGCCUCCCCCGGCGAGGCGGGCUGCCCGCGCGCGCGCUCCGACUCGGAGACGCUCUCGGACGACAUCUUCCUCGAGUCCAACGACGAGGGCAUCGGCACCGACCACAUCGACGAGAAGAUCGAGGAGGGCGAACUCAAGAGCGCCAAGGAGCUCGAGGUGUUCAUCGGGAAGGAGCUGGUGGAGUCCGGGAAGACGCUGCUGGGGCUGAGCGCGAGCCGGUCGUCGCUGCAGCUGCCCAGCAUCGUGGUGCACGGCCAGGAGCAGUCGCCGUCGCCCGUCAGCUCGCGCAGCGACAGCCCGCUCAGCGAGAAGGCCGCCAACAGCCUCGCCCUCGGCCUCGUGGGCUCCGGAAUCGCCAGGCUGACGCGCGGCGACUCGGACGGCCUCUACGAGUGCGCCACGGCCGGCGCGCACGCCACAGAGCUGCGCCCCAGAAGAUGUUGUCGCGACAGAUCCGGCGGUCGCCGCCACCGGCACCGCAGCGGUGCCCAGCCGGGAUGCUCGACGUCGCCCGCGCAGCCGCUGGCGCAGCCGCUGCCGUCGCUGCCGCCGCGCGCUAAGAGUCCAUUGCCGGAGCUGCUGGACGUGCCGCUGAGGGAGCGACGCAAGCAGAGCCCCAAGCGCGCGCGCACGCGCGUGUCACAGUUGCCCGCCUCCACCUCCUCCUCCUCGGAGAGCCUCGACUCCGCCAGGGAGAUGACGCUGCGGUUGUCGUCGUCGGAAAAGGCGCUGUGCCCGGAGAGGCAUUGCUGGUCUGGCGGCUCCUUUGAUGAGGGCCGCCGCUUGUCCAUAGAAGCUUCCGGCGAAGACACGGGAGAGGAUGUAAUGAGCCAGAUGUUGCCUAAAACCUUGCUCAGAGGGGAAGACUUGCCUAAGUCCAGUAAGAAGAUCAGUCGACUACGUACUAUCGGUCAUCAGAUUAGAUUCCUGCGACGUCUAGAGCAGAGCUUGAAGCGGCGUGAGUGUCUGGUGAGCCCAUCGGACAGUCUGGAUGAAGAGGAACCUCCACUGUUGCACAAAAGUAGCAGCUAUGGACAGUUGCAGGCAAGCGGCCAUGGGCACCACCGCAACCGCCGGCUGCGCCGCCAAGGUGGUUUGCUGGUGCCACAACUACGAGUCACCAGUGCCAGUGGUGGGCACAGCAACUGAUGUGAUGGGGCAGACUUAAAACUGCUUAUGCACAUCACCUAACAGCAUAUAAGUGAUGUGGCAAUAUACGAUUGCACAAAUGGUGCCACUGAUUGUGGACAGCAGCACCAACCAUUUAUAAAGUAUCUGAAGCAACAGUGCAGAGGCAGGCAUCUCGUGCUAUGUUGGGGGUUUCCAGUGCCUCUGAAAGACAUAGUAAUGAUACAGGAUGUGUCUCCUGCAUUUAAGCAGAACAUCUCCACCAGCACAAAGCAUCACAUUGGUGUAAUGACACAUGGAUAGACAAUGGCAGACCAGUUAUAGAAUAGUGGCAUCAGUAAUGGAAAAAGCUGGAGGUACAGUGACAGGUUACCAGUUCCAUAAACAGAGAACUUGUGUUCAUGAUGAUGUGGUGACACAAAGCCUGACUGCUAGUGCCAAAGCUCUGUGUCAUCAGCAUCAGUGGCAGACUGUGUUGGACACAGCAACUGUGAUGGACACAAUUGUAAUGGACACAGCAACUGAUGUGACAACGUAGGGGAGAGGGUCACUGCACGUCAGCAACGCCGACUCUCGGUGCGGCAACCACCGUGGCCUACUGGCACACCAGCUACCAGUCAUGUCUGCCAAUCUCUAUAGAGGAAGACCACCUCAUCGACACAGUGCAGAUGGUGCCUGAAGUGUUACAAUUAGUCCAUGGAACUCUUAUCUAUUAACAGGUUAUGUGUGUGGCAAAAUGGCAUCACUGCUGCUACUAUAAAACUAAUCAUCUGCAUUAUUUGCUCUUACUUUGUCAGGCAAUGAACUGUGAUGUCUUUGGUAAGAUGGUCAAACCUUUUACAUUUUUAUGUAACUUACAUCAACAAUGCUACAGCUGCAAGCAUUAAUAUGAUACCAUUUAUUGUAUCUGCACAAAAGCAAUUGUCAUUUAAUCAUUGAAAAUUAUGUUUCUACGUGAAAAAGAAGACAGUAUUUUUUCUAUUCCUUGCUGCAUUUCUCUAUUAACCUUCUCAGCUUGACAACACUCUAUAUCAAGACAUGUAAUCCAACAGGAACAUUGCAAACUUCCUGAACCAACUAUCAAAAUACAUCAGUGGAUUGUGUGGUUCAAGCUAUCAGCAUGGAAAAGAGUGAAAACAGCAUAGCAAGAAAAAUGUAUAAAAACUUUUUCAGGCACUAUGUGUCCUACAGUGGUGCUGCUCCUACCUUCAUUAUUUUCGUAACUCCAUUCUGAAGCAAUACUGUCGUCUGAGAGAAGUCACAGCAUUAUUUUUGAAGAAAAAAUUAUUUUGAUAUAAUUUGCUUGCAACUGUUCUCUGAUACCACAGUUUAUGAAGUGAACUCUAAGUUAAGCUAGUAGUGAUUACAAUCAACCUGUGCACUUCACUCACAAUUAUAGACUGAGUUUUCUAUAUCCUAUUUCAAAGGAGUGCUGUGCUAAGGAGUUCUGGUCUCUCAUGAAUAAAUACUGUGUUCCUGCACUAAAAUACAUGGUAUGACAUCCAUCAUACCAGUAACUAUCCUCGUUAGAGAUAUUGCUCACUGGCAACACAUUGUGGGUAUUUGUGCCUCUCCGCAAAAAUCGAAGUAUGAGUAGUGCGGACCAGGAAAGAGAGUGGACCAAGCUUGAUAUGUCUUUCCUUUGUUAUUAGUUAUACCCAAGUUGUGUUCAUGGUAAUAGUCAACUCUUUUUCCUUUUCAUGUCUUCAGGUAUAUGCUUGAGUCACCAGUCAAGCUUAGUACUUUUGCUUGUGAACUUGUUUCUUUUAGAAUUUCAGAGUCAGUGUACAUCCACAUAAACCAUUUGCUAGCAUUAUCAAUUCUAGUAGGUGGAACACAGGAACUCCUGAAUUACUGAAAAUCAGUUGUUUUUGUUCUAAUUCUACUGUGAUGAGCAAUGAUAAAAACUAACCUUUAUUGUCAUUCUCGUUCACUUCAUUGGUAGAAACUGAAAACUUGCACUCUGUACUGUGAUCUACAUCAGCUUUCUUACACUUUUACCAAAAUUCAUAGUGAUAUAUACACAUUUUCAAACUGUGAGAAGAUUAUUUGUAUAGUUCCAUUUCGCCAGAGGCUAAGCAAUCAAUUGUGGAGUAAGAGAAAAAAAGAUUUUUUGAAAUAUAUAUAUUUAAUUUUGUUACAAGAUAUUUAUGCCUUGACAAAAAGUGAAUUAUUGUGGUAUUAACUCUGCUAUAAUGAUUGUGUUUAAAACUAAUGGUCUUGCUUGUCCUGCAGCAUAUUUCUGCAGUGAUAGUCCCUUUGCCAAUAUUGAGCUGCAUCCAGAGAGCAACCUCAUGUGUGUCUGAAACUAGAUAUUUUGUGAGUACUAUUGUCGUUCUUUGAUGUUUUGAUCUCAUUUUAAGUACUGGUGGCAUUCAAUAUUGGGCACAGGGACUACUGCUCAUUAGUGGAGAACACCAAAGCUGUGAAUUAUUUGAAGACUUGACACUGUUAUUAAUCAGGAACUUUGUCCAGUUAAAAAUUUCAUUUUUAUCAUGUAUUGUUUCAUAUUUACUAAUUAUACUGAGUGUCAAAUUCAUUUACAACAUAUUUAUAUAAUAAUAUCAUGGAUUCAGUAUGAAUUUCAUGGAAAUAAUGUAUAAGGAAUAUGAUCACUAUAAUCCAUUACAUCAUUGUGUUUUUUGUUCUGUUAAUAAAUUAUGCCCUCAAGAUAUCAGUCCAGCUGAACUUCAGAAACUAGUCAUUUGAGGAUAACAAAUUUUUAUAACAAUAAAAAUUGUUGUACAGAUCUCAUUCAUUUCACACCAGUUAAAAAAAUUAUGUGCUCCUUUGGUGCCAUGCAGUCUAAUGAUUUCUUACAUUUUUCUUGAAUAUUGUAUUACUUAAUGCCAGAAACUGCUAUCUGUUUCUUUACAAAACUUAUUUUUGUUAUUUCUUGAACUGAGCAGUUCCAAAAAAGCAAGAGAUUAAUUUUUGAAAUGUACUCUGGCAAGUUAACAUGUGUUUGGUGAAGUCCUCUAUUACAUAUAUGAACGAUAUGCUAAAUGCAGAUCAUCUGAGCAAAGGUAAUUUCUUUGAGAUAAAUAAAUUCAAAAAAUUAAACAAAAAUUAAAAAGUGCAUAAAUAUUCAAUUUCCAAAUAAUUCUGGCCCUAAGAAAAUCACAUAUAAAUAAAUAAUAAAACUGAAAACAUGGUAACUAAUUAAUUUUGUUUUUACAGAUCAGGAUGAUUAUUCAUCAUGUUUAAAUUUUGCUAAAAUACAAACCUUUAAAGAUUGCCAGGAGAAAACUGUUGACUGUAGUGAAGUGCAAUGAAAUCUUGUUCUUAACUACGACUUGUAUGUAAGCUACUACAAGUUCCAUUUUGAUAGAAAGUGCUAUUGUAUGCUGUGCUAAAGUACUUGUGAUUUUCUGUAGAUAAAUAUUCAUAAUUCAUCACUUACCUAAUAGACCACUGUACUUCCCUCUACUCUCUCAAUUCAUUUUCCGGUCUCUACAUCUCACUUCAUGAAAAUGUUUAGGUCAUUGUAUUCUUUUUCCAGAAGACAUAGAAUCUUACAUUUUAUUUCAGAUUUAGACUUUUAUCUCAUUCAUAAACUGACUAACAUGUGCAGCCUUUAGAUGGAAGGAUUUCUGAUAUAAGAACCCAGCUGUCAUACUCAUGAGAGCAGUUGAGAUAGAUAUUUCUUCAAAUUGGCUCUAAUUUUCUCUUAUUAUUAUACAUUAGGCAGAAACUGAUAUGCUAUUUUUAUGAAAAUUGUACAAAGUCACUUUAAAAUAGCUAUAAAUCUUCUAGAUAGGCUAAUAGAAAGUUUUUGUCUUGCUCUAGUGCAUUGUGAAUUGUCAGGCACACAAUUGUGAAAAUAUUCAUCAUUAAUCUAUCAUCUACUAAUUAAUACGGGUAGCAACAUUAUCAGUAAUAAUGGUUACAAUAUAAUACAUAGUAAUCAAUUACACUUACGUAAUUGAAGACUACGAAGAAAAUUUCAAAAACAGGAGCAGAGAAAAGGUACCUUUGUUCUUCACUGUGACAGUCUGAACAAUCAUAUAGCAGGUGCUGAUUCAAAAUGAUCUGUGAUAAAAAGCACAACAUGAGUUCACACAUUAUUAACCUUGUUGCUAAUAAGUUAUAGGCAGAGUAAAUAUUAAUCUGCCUUCAUCCUUGUUAUGGAAUAUGUUGAUGAAAUUCUACACUAAUUUCAAACAAGAAAAAUGUUCCACAAGUGCUAAGAUUUCCCAUAAAUCCUAAAUAUGUGAAGAGAAAUAUGCACCGUGCCAGGCUGUGGAACAGUAUACUUUGAAAUCUCUAUUGCAGCAAUACUUCCGUGUGGACAGAUUUUUAAGAUUUUUGUAAAUUCAGAUAUAAAUAUAUUUAUCUUAUCAGUGAAAAUAAUGUUCAGCACAUACUGCAUUCAUAAAAGUUUCAUAAACUCAUCCUCUUGUUAUGCACAUUAUUCAAAUGUAAUGACAUUUGUAAAAACCAUAAAAUUUCUUCAGUUUCUCGUUCUUGGUGUAACAAUAAUAAAU